AUGGCUACUCUGUCUGCGAUCAAGCGCACCACCGAGAAGAAUGUGGUGUGCAUUAAGAUGCUGAAGAUCCGCGCGGGAUCAGAGAAGGCGGUGCUCCGGCUGUGUCACGAGGUGACAGCCUUUUCCAAAGCCCAGCAGAAGACUGGCAGCAGUGGGAUCCUAGCAUUUGAGUGCUCAGAGGACCCCUUUGAUGACCAUGCCAUCCACUUCUGGGAGCGGUACGAGGGCAACGUGGCUCUGGGCCGGCACAACACCAGCACCCAGGUCCAGUCUUUCAUGAAGAAGGUCCAGCCGCACCUGGAGAGCCCCAUCGGGAUGGCGCUGUACGAGUGGAACGACGGGCAGCUAGGGGCGGUGUGCUUGCAGGGCGGGCCAAAGGGCGAGGGCGGCCUGGAUGACGCCACGGGGGCGUCGGGGGCUGCAGGAGGGGCCGGCCUCAAGCAGACAUCAGCCACGCUGGACCUCACCAACUCUCGGGACAAGGAGGACGACUCACGGGCGGUCUGGGGCCUGGGAAAUCUGAAGAAACUGGCAGAUGGUAGUUUCAAGCUCCCUUGGCAAAAGUAG